GUGACAAAGCGUAAAAGAAACGACAGACGACAUCAAUGAUUUAUUUAUUUAUUCAUUUAUUGUGAGGGUGUUACUCAUCUGUGUCGACUUUCUACACCAAUCGACGAUUGAUUGUAUUCCUGUGUCAAGGUUUUAUAUUUAUCUUACAGUUUUCUAGAAUUUAAUCAUAUUAAAGCAACGUAUUCCCUACAUAUUCUAAACAGUAUUCUAAACGGUUAAUGUAAUACUAUCAACGGCAACAAUAACAGACAGUAGAGGGUCUUUAUGUGGUCAAUCGGUCUGUUAGAAAUAACAGCCGGAUCUCUUGCGAAUUACGUUCAACAGUCUUUGAAAAUACAAGGGACGGACAUAUUGGAUAACACAGUUGUAUAUAAUCACCCAGGGCUGACCUGGGACUAAACAACUACGACAGCAAGCAUUACGAUUUAUUUAUGUGGCUAAAUACAACACAUGGAGGUUACUGCUUGGUUUAAAAACGUUCUUUUUAUUGGAGUAGUCAAGGGAGUGGAGCUUACUCGAAGUCCAGUGGAAAGAUAUACAUAACUUGAUGACAACAACACUUACAAUAAUGAUGAUGAUAACGUUGUUAUUGAUGUAAACCACGGAGUUCUACAUAACGUUUUAAAUGGAGUCCUACUUAGCGUUCAAAAUGGAGUCCUAAUUUUCAUAAUUUCUACGCGUUGGACACAGAUUAAUUGCGCAGUGAUGCCUAUGUACAUGUAUACGUAUAAAGAUAUAUGUAUUUAUAUAAAUAUACAUGUAUAUUCAAACUCAAAUGAAAAUAAAGUGAAUGUUAAAGUCUUCCUCGGAGAAAUAAACUGUGAGGUCAGAAGUAAUAUGGGAUUCGUUUUCAUGAAUUUGACCUCUUAAUGUGCUUCUUUAAUGGAAUAAUUAUUCAUCCGGAAAUAGACGUUUGGUGAGAACAAUGGGGAACCAAAUCGUGACAUUUUCUGAAGAACAGUUAAAUGCUUACCAGGAUUGCACAUUUUUCAACAGAAAAGAUAUUUUAAGGGUAUUUGGACGUUUUAAAGAACUUUCUCCAGAUACCAUUCCAAUGAAAAUGACCACUAAAGAUGCUACCGGUUUAAAAAUUCCUCUUCAAUUAUUGGAAAAGCUGCCUGAGUUCAAAGAGAAUCCAUUUCAUCAAAGAAUUUUCCAAGUGUUUUCAGCAGACAAUUCAGGAAAUUUAACUUUUGAUGAAUUCCUCGAUAUGUUUUCUAUUUUCUCAGACUCGGCGCCAAGGGAACUAAAAGCAUCCUACGCUUUUAAGAUAUAUGAUUAUGACAAUGAUAAAUCUCUUGGAAAAACAGAUUUGGACAAAACCCUGGAAUGUCUGACUCGCAACGAAUUAACAGAGAAGGAAAGAGAAAUCAUAGUAAAUAAAGUGUUGGAAGAAGGAGAUUUUGACCACAAGGGAAAACUGUCAUAUGUAGAAUUUGAAUAUAUAAUAUCAAGAGAUCCUGAAUUCUUGAACACUUUCCAUAUUCGUAUUUGAAGAGCAGAGAAAUCCAGAAGAUUGGACUAAUUAACACUUAAUAAUAAUAAUAAUAAUAAUAUAAUAAUAAUAAUAAUAAGGAGAGAGAGAGAAAUGAUGAAGAGGAAGAAAUGAAUAUAUUUUACA